AUGUUCCCCGCGCAGGACGCCCUGCCCCGCGGCGGGCUGAGCCUCAAGGAGGAGCCGCUGCUGCCCGCUGGCCUGGGCUCCGUGCGCUCCUGGAUGCAGGGCGCGGGCAUCCUGGACUCCGGCACCGCGGCGCAGAGUGGCGUGGGCCUGGCUCGAGCACAUUUUGAGAAGCAGCCCCCCUCCAACCUCAGGAAAUCCAACUUCUUCCACUUCGUACUGGCCAUGUAUGACCGGCAGGGGCAGCCUGUGGAGGUUGAGCGCACAGCGUUCAUCGACUUCGUGGAAAAGGACCGAGAACCUGGGGCAGAGAAGACAAACAAUGGAAUCCAUUACCGCCUCCGGCUGGUAUAUAACAAUGGGCUUCGGACAGAGCAGGACCUCUACGUACGUCUCAUCGACUCCAUGUCCAAGCAGGCCAUCAUCUACGAAGGGCAGGACAAGAACCCAGAAAUGUGCCGAGUGCUGCUCACCCACGAGAUUAUGUGCAGCCGGUGCUGUGACCGGAAGAGCUGUGGCAACCGGAAUGAGACGCCCUCAGAUCCGGUCAUUAUUGACAGGUUCUUCCUCAAAUUCUUCCUCAAAUGCAACCAGAACUGCCUGAAGAAUGCAGGGAAUCCCCGAGACAUGCGCCGCUUCCAGGUGGUGGUGUCUACAACGGUGAGUGUGGAUGGACACGUACUGGCUGUGUCGGACAACAUGUUCGUGCACAACAAUUCCAAGCACGGCCGCAGGGCCCGCCGACUGGACCCUUCGGAAGCUGCCACCCCGUGCAUCAAGGCCAUCAGCCCUGGGGAGGGCUGGACCACGGGAGGUGCCACCGUCAUUGUCAUCGGCGACAACUUCUUCGAUGGGUUGCAGGUCGUGUUUGGAAACAUGCUCGUGUGGAGCGAGCUCAUCACGCCCCACGCCAUCCGGGUGCAGACGCCCCCGCGGCACAUCCCCGGGGUGGUGGAGGUGACCCUCUCCUACAAAUCCAAGCAGUUUUGCAAGGGAGCCCCCGGCCGCUUUGUCUACACAGCUCUGAAUGAGCCCACCAUUGACUACGGCUUCCAGAGGCUACAGAAGGUCAUUCCCAGACACCCUGGGGACCCUGAGAGGCUUCCCAAGGAGGUGCUGCUGAAGCGGGCGGCCGACCUGGCGGAGGCCCUGUACGGCGUGCCCAGCAGUAACCAGGAGCUGCUCCUGAAGCGCGCGGCGGACGUGGCCGAGGCUCUGUACAGCGCCCCUCGGGCUCCCGCUCCGCUCGGACCCCUGGCCCCCGGCCACGCGCACCCGGCCGUUGUGGGCAUCAAUGCCUUCAGCAGCCCGCUGGCCCUCGCCGUGGGGGACGCCACGCAGGGUCCUGAGCCGGGCUACGCGCGCAGCUGCAGCAGCGCAUCCCCGCGCGGGUUCGCGCCCAGCCCUGGCUCGCAGCAGAGCAGCUACGGCGGUGGCCUCGGAGGCGGUCUUGGCAGCUACGGCGCACCAGGCGUGGCCGGGCUCGGGGUGCCCGGGUCCCCGAGCUUCCUCAACGGUUCCACCGCCACCUCGCCAUUCGCCAGCCCAGCCCCGAUUGUAGGUGCUAACCAACUCACUCUGGCUUCUUGGAGUGAGGCAGCUCAGAACUGGGUGGAUGGGCAAGGUCUGGAUUUCAUGGUCAUGCCCUCUAGCCCCCCACUGGCGGCUGCCUCCUCCAUGUCCCUCCCGGCUGCUGCUCCCACCACCAGCGUCUUCUCCUUCUCGCCUGUCAACAUGAUCUCCGCUGUCAAACAGAGGAGCGCCUUCGCGCCUGUGCUGCGCCCACCCAGCUCCCCACCCCCGGCCUGCCCCAGAGCCCACGGAGAGGGGCUUCCAGAUCAGCCUUUUGAGGACUCUGACAAGUUCCAUUCUCCGGCCCGGGGGCUUCAAGGCCUGGCAUACUCCUAAUUACGGUCUGCAAGUGUCGCCCCCACUGAGCCCAGACUGGAAGAUCCUGCAGGACUCAUACCCAUGCCCUGGCUGAUGGCACAAACAUACAGGGCCAGUGCUGUGGGCAGACCUCAACCCCUGGACCAAAUGGGAGAGGAACCCUCUGUGCUCAAGGUCCCCUCAGCCCCUGCAGGCUUCUCUCACCUCUCUCUCUUGGGGCUGCCAGGAGCCCCGGCACUGUGCUGACGCUCUUGGCAGAAGAGUGUCCCAGGGAGGUGCUGGGAGGCCAGGCCUCCCUCGCUGGGCUGGUUCCUCUGGAAGAGGUAGAUUUUGUGCAUACCAGGAAGGGGAUGCGAGGGGAGCAUGGGAUCGGGACCAUGGGAAAGAGGACAGCUCAGGGAGAGGUGACCUGGAAAGGUCCUGGUUGCACCUGGCCCAUCUCAACUGACCCACCAUCCCAACUUCUCUCCAGUGGAAAGGGAGGUGCCCAGCAGCGUCAGAAGGCCAUCCAGGCUCCCAUGGAGCUUCCAGUAGUUGCUGGACCACGUGGCCGCCCCCCAUUCCUUCAAGUCCUGCACACUCAUGCUUGCCACAUCAUGCCUUUUUGUGGGGGCCUCGGCAUGAAGGAUGCAGAAGCGGGGGUACCAGGACUUCUUGCCUGGGGGGCUUCCCCCCAGGGGAUGUCUCAUGAACUCUGGCCCCAUGCACAAGCAGACUCUGGUUGGCCCCAUGAAACUGUGGCCUCACAUUCUGCUCUGCUAAGUCUGGAGAAAACAACAAUAAACCAGAUGCAGGCGGCCACCUGGCCUCUCUUGCCUGCUUCCUUGGUGUGGGACUGCUUCUCUCAGUGGCCCUGCAGCUCUCACAGGGGCCCCCUCAGCUUCUCGCACCUUGGGCUUUGUAGACAGUCUCAGAGUUGAGCUGACUGGCUGUUUCCUGCCCUGUGUCUACUCUUUGGUCCUGUGUGUUGGAGGGGAAUAGACUAAUAAGCCUGAGGACCCAGGAAAUGGGUUCAGCUCCCAGAGCUAUGCAUGGGGACACAAUGAGACCAUGGAGGACUCCGUCCCCUACAUGUCCAUCCAGGACCAAGAUGGGGGUUGUCAGCAAGACAUUGCUGGGAACCAGGACAAAGCAGGUCAAAAACUACCCAGAUGUACAGAGAUCCAGAAGUAAGAUCCAGACUCAGGCUAGAAGCCCUUAACUGGGUUUGGUGGGACAGCUUCUGGCUCCCAGGAGCGUCCCCUCAAACACACUCCAGCCCUUCAUGCUUCCCCCCAGGCGCCCUCUGGCUCUCCUGCUUCAACUGGAAAGGAGGAUGUUAAAGAAAAUUGCUAGGCCCAUUCACUCACCCCACCCCAAAAGAAUCCCAGUUACCCCCAUUCGUUUUGUUACUGGGCAAAGGUCUGGCUGUCUUUUUUGACUCACUACUCAUUGGGCUAAGGGUCCAGCCUGGACCUCAGUAUUUCUUUCUUCUUCCUGGCACUUCUAGACUCUGACUUUCAGAAACCCCAUCUCUCCCAACCAGUGUGUCCAUGCCGUGGGACAAACACUGUUGCCAAGGCAGAUGGGCUGGUCCUGUCCUUCAGGGGACCACUUCUUUCUCUGGUAUUCUUAGCCAACACCCAGAGUUCCUCUCACCUGGGACUCAUGACAGAAAGUUGUCCUGCCUCUGGUUGUUGAGCCCUAUUCCCAGCGCUUGCAUGGCCUCCUCAUCAGUUCUGGCUGCACAAACUGUGUUCCACUCAGCUCUGAGCACUUCCACUGCCCAGGGCCCUCCCAGCCUGAGCCCUGCACAACUCUAGUCUGCACUGGACAUAGUGGUAAGUGGAUGGUGGUCACACACUGGUUCCUGGGAUGAGACAAGUGUCAUGAUCAAUAUUAAUGAGACAUGAUAUCUGUCCACAAUGAUCCCACCAUAUUGUGUAAGCUACCAUUUGAGUCAACGCUGCCUUCUCUCUCAUCCAUACACAAAAAAAAUUCCAAGUAGAUUGUAAAUCCAAAUGUGCAACCUAAGACAAUAAAACUUCAUGCCCCUGAAGAUAGAUAGAAGCUUUUGGGGCAGCUUGA